GUCUGAUCCGCCUGCAGGAGCUCAUUAAAGCUCCGUCCAGAUACAACAUCCGGCUGAAGAUCCGACAGCUCGCCGCCGACACCAAGGAUGCCAAACCGCUGCUGAAGGAGAUGAAGAAAGCCAAGGAGUUCCACGUCAUCUUCGACUGCAGCCACGAGAUGGCCGCGUGGAUCCUCAAACAGGCUCUUUCAAUGGGAAUGGUGACAGAAUAUUAUCAUUACAUCUUUACAACACUGGAUCUGUUUGCUCUGGAUAUGGAGCCGUAUCGCUUCAGCGGCGUCAACAUGACCGGUUUCCGCAUUUUGAACACGGAGAGUCCGCAGGUUUCCUCCAUCAUUGAGAAAUGGUCAAUGGAGAGACUGCAGGCGCCACCCAAACCAGACUCCGGCCUACUGGACGGCUUCAUGACG